UUGCCGUCCAAAAAACAAAAAAAGGAAAAAGGAAAACAAAAAAAAAACCGUCAGAGCGGCGGUCGGCUGUAGUGCAGUUGCAGGUGUUCGCCGGCACACGCGCGCGGCCGCGAACCCUAGAUGACGCCGGCGAACGGCGCCCCAGCGCCGGCAGCGGAGUCUGUCCCCCCCGAGGUGGAGUCGGAGGCCGAUGCGUUCCGGCGCCAGGUUGACGACCUCGUCUCGAAGACCGACGUGCUGGAGAAGCGGGUGAAAGAGGUGGUGGACUUCUAUGAUGGCAAGAAGCACGGAAGCGGCGGGCGGAAGGGCGGCGGUGGCGGCAGGCACGGGGCAUACUCGAGGGGGAUGCCCGACCUUAUGCGCCAGUUCGGCGUGCUUUUGAAAGAGAUCACCUCUCAUAAAGAUGCAUGGCCAUUUCUGAAGCCGGUGGAUGUUGUAACCCUGCACAUUCCUGACUAUCACAAAAUUAUUACCCAACCUAUGGACUUCUCUACCAUCCAAAAGAAAAUGGAAAGGAAAGAUGGUACCUGUUACACCAAUGUUCGAGAAAUAUGUUCUGAUGUUCGAUUAAUUUUUGCCAAUGCGAUGAAGUACAAUGAUGAUCAAAAUGUAGUCCACUUGAUGGCUAAAUCAUUGCUUGAGAAAUUUGAAGAGAAGUGGCUCCAUUUUCUUCCUAAAGUUGAGAGUGAGGAAAAAAGACAAAAGGAGGAGGAAUCAAAGGGUGUUGCAGCCACAAAUACUUCUCGAGAAGUUGCAAUCGCAAAAUUAGCAAAAGAUACUGAUGAUGAGCUAAAUCAGAUCAAUAGGAAGCUGGAGGAACUCCGGAAAAUGGUGGUUCACAGAUGCAGGAAAAUGACCACAGAUGAGAAGAGGAAGCUGGGUGCAGGGAUCUGCCACUUGUCUCCAGAUGAUCUUAACAAGGCGCUAGAAAUUGUUGCACAAGACAAUCCUAGCUUCCAAACUAAAGCAGAAGAAGUGGAUCUUGAUAUGGAUGCCCAGAGUGAGACAACCCUAUGGAGGCUGAAAUUCUUUGUGAGGGAAGCACUGGAACGACAGGCCAACGUUGCCUCUGGGAAGAUGGACGAAAACGCCAAAAGAAAGAGGGAGAUAUGCAAUGCUCUGGCCAAAACAGCAUCGAAACGGAUCAAGAAGCAACCCUAGCCAUCUUCCAGAUCUUUGACUCGCGUCCUUCUGUGAUUGUUAAGAAGUUUUUUUGGUAGGAGUAGCCAUUAGCUUUGUGAAAGGAUUUCCUGCAUUUUUUGUGGAGCUGUGUAUAUAGUACACUGUCUGUCCAGUAACAAGUGAUUUCAUGUGUAACCAUGAGCUGAUCGCAUCGACUCUGACCAAAACAACAAACAUUGUCUCUACUUGCAAUUGCUAGAAUGAAAGCCACAACCACAAUGUGAUUGAUUGUAAAAGGAAUUGCAGACAUUUCGCACUGUUUA